AUGAGACAGGCAGGAAUGACCGUCGGUCAUAUCUCACGGCUGCCAGCGGACAGGGGUCAUAUGCGGCGCUCGAUCAUCACCGGGCACAGCUGGUCAAACGCAGGGGUCAGGGAAGGGGGUCGGGGAAGGGGGUCGGGGAAGGGGGUCGGGGUCGGGGAAGGGGGUCGGGGGAGGGGGUCGGGGAAGGGGGUCGGGGGAGGGGGUCGGGGAAGGGGGUCGGGGGAGGGGGUCAGGGGAGGGGUCGGGGAAGGGGGUCAGGGGAGGGAAGGGGGUCGGGGGAGGGGGUCGGGGAAGGGGGUCGGGGAAGGGGGUCGGGGAAGGGGGUCAGGGAAGGGGGUCAGGGAAGGGAAGGGGGUCAGGGGAGGGGGUCAGGGGAGGGAAGGGGGUCAGGGAAGGGGGUCGGGGAAGGGGGUCGGGGGAGGGGGUCAGGGAAGGGGGUCUGGCUGGGAGAUGCAACAGCUUGACAGUGGAUUCCUUUGA